UGACAAACCACAUGUCAGUCAAUCGGAUAUCACUGUGACUUUGAAUUUUGCAACUGGAGAUCAUUCUUCGUAUCCAAAGACUUGUUUCAAAAUGGACACAGAAACCCUAGAUUGCGAAAAGGCAAAAGAUGAGAAAGACAGAGACGACAACGAGAGUCUCCCCGAGCAAUGUUGGGUGUCGACUUCGAAAAACGACAGCAGAAAAUGGCUGAUUCGGGACGCGUCGUACACGCUGCCCAAGGAGCCUCCAGCAUCGACUACACGGACGACGUAUCUCUAUCCGCAAGUGAGGGAUGAAACUGAGAACAUCAUCGGACAGAGGACGAAAGAAAUGUUGAGACGGUUCGAGGAAGAAGCCGUUCAAGAGAUCAUUAAGGAGACCAGCGUGGACUGUACCGUGGAUUACUGUACCGAGUACGACGGGAAUUUCAAUGGAUCUGGCUUCCAGGUGAGAGACAAAGUCUACGAAGCAGAUCAAGAGAUCUACAAGAAGUACCCAUUGUACAGCUCAACCCCAACAUCUUUCUACUCGUUCAAAUUGAGCAAAGAUCCAAGACGACUUCUAGCCGGACACACCCUGUCGAAUGAUCCGUUGCAACCGUUCAAAAAAUGCGCAGGAUUUUCAAAGCCUAUGAAUGAUAAACUGGAUAACCGUAUUUGGUAAUAUACAACACUACAACACAAA